AUGAGCGGAGUACUGAAGAGGAAGUACGAAGAGCUGGGGGAUGACAGCACCUACUGCUCCUCCUCCUCCUGCUCGCCCCUCUCCUCCUCGGCGUCCUCGGGCUGGGAGUCGGACGAGGAGAGCUCCCGCGGAGAGCCCAAGCCCGGCUCUGCCUUAGCGCCCGGCUUCACUCCCACAUCUAUCCUGAAGAAAUCCAAGCGACUGAAGAAGAACAAUGUGGAGUUUGACCGGGUCACUGUGUUUUACUUCCCACGCUGCCAGGGGUUCACGAGUGUGCCUAGUCGCGGGGGCUGUACCCUGGGGAUGGUGAGCAAACACAGCUCCUCCCGGCAGUUCACGCUAGCGGAGUUUUCAAAGGAGCAGGAAAAUGUUCGUCGAGAGAAGCUCGAAGAGAAAUUAAAAGAGGAGAAGUUGGAGGCAUUGAAAUGGAAGCUGACCAUGAACGGCACGAAGGAGUCCGAGGAGGCCAACCAGCUCACCAUUGAGGACAUCUCCGACGACGACAUCGACGUCAGCAGCGUGGACCUGGAGGACGGCUUCUUCCUCCAGCCCUACCCCGCCAAGAAGAGACGCGCGCUGCUGAAAGCCGUGGGGGUGAAGAAGAUCGACAAGGAGGAGAAGCGGGAGCUGCACAACAUCCGCCUGUCCCGGGAGGACUGCGGCUGCGACUGCCGGGAGG